AUGGAUUCCCUUGGCGUUAACCUCUUCGAGGAAGGAAGAAGACCUACAAUCCUCAUUUGCCAUAAUAGUAAAGGAGACAGUUGUAACAAUCUGCAUAAGCAGUUGGAUCCACCUGGAGCUAAAAACCCAUACGAAUCAUUACUUGUUCAAGGAAAUCCCAUUGUGCUCGGUCAUAGGCUUUAUGAAAAUCCAAUUUCAAGGUCUAGGUCGGAGCUGUCAUCAAAGCUGCUUCAUCAGCUGGCGCCGUCUGUGGGGAAGCGACUUUUUCCUCACGGUGAACGGCUUUGUAUGGUAGAGAUCCGAUCAAGUAGAACGACAAUGGCUUCAGAUCCCGAAAGAACGGGUAUUGGCGAUGCCGUAAAGGCAGCCAUUGCUGCCAAAACUGCCAAGGCAGCCGAAGUAACCAAAGCAGCAAAAGCCGCCAGGGCCGCUGCCGUCGCCGAAAAGGCCACUAAGGCAGCAGAAGCGGCCAAGGCCGCCGCGGCAAACCCAGCAGGAGGUAAUCAGAUGACCCCAGAAGCGUUUGCCCAUAUGCAAGAGCAGAUAAAAACUUUAACUCAAGGGUUACAGACUGCAAUGCAAGAAAACGCGAACUUACGAAAGCAAAUCUCCGAGCCAAGUAUCCCGAGAUUGCAAAACAGUCGCCACGGAGACGACGAGGACAUGGAGGAAGGCGAAUCCAGUGAAAAGGAAAGCCAAAACCGAAGAAAAUAUAGUAAGCCACCCCUAGAGAAGUUGCCCCACGAGCAGGAGGCGAUACUCAAGAUGCAAAACCAGAUCGAAGGAUUAAUGAAGCAUGUCAAAGCACAAACCCUUGCCACGGUAGAGGAGUUAGUGCAAAACACAGAUUCACUUUUUACACCUGAAGUCAUGGGGCGUCCUCUUCCAAGGAAGUUUAAAAUGCCCCAAUUGGAAACAUUUAAUGGCUCCACGGACCCGUUAGAUCAUCUAGAAACAUAUAAAUCCUUGAUGCACCUACAAGCAGUGCCAGACGAGGUCAUGUGUCGGACGUUCCCAGUUACCCUCAAGGGAAGUGCCCGAGCAUGGUUCAACAAGCUCCCACCGGGAAGUAUACGUAGCUUCAAAGAGCUUAGCACAAGCUUUGUAAGUUACUUCAUUGCUGGCCAGCGCUACGACAAACCAGCAACGCAUCUCGUGACGGUGAAACAAGGAAAAUGGGAAUCAUUAAGAGAAUACACCACCAGGUUUAAUAAAGAGGUGGUCCAAAUAGAUGAAGUCGACGAUAACGUGAGCAUAACUGCAUAUAUUGCUGGGUUGUAUUCGGGACAAUUCCUAUACCUUGUGUCUCAAGAGCCACCAAAAACCAUGGCGGAGCUCAUGCUCAGAGCUCAGAAGCAUAGGAACGCAGAAGAAGCUGUCUACGCAAGGCGUACACGUGAUGGUUUUGAUCCUCAAACAGGACCAUCACAAAUUGGCGAAUUCCCUCCAACAGACAAGAGGAGGAGAGAAGCUGUCCGCAAGUUAGGAGGUGAACCAAAAAAUAAAAAGGUGGACUCAAGGUCAUCUUCGAAGAGAGGAGUAGUCGAAGGGCCGCCCCAAGGAAAGUACAAGCAGUUUACUCUGCUCAUAGCCACGGCAGAGCAAAUCCUCAGCAAUCUGCAAGACAAUCCAGACCUCAAGUGGCCUGGCAAGCUGAGAACCGAUCCUAGCAGGAGAGCUCGGGAUAAAUACUGCAGGUUUCACAGAGACCACGGACACAACACAGAUGACUGCAUUGACUUGAAACAACAGAUUGAGGAUCUAAUUCAAAAAGGGAGACUUCAACGUUUUGUAACAAAGAAGCACCAGAAACAACCCAGGAAGGAAGACACAAACAAAGAGGGUAAAGACGGCACUACCCCCCAGUCAGGUCCCAUUGGAGAGAUCAAGGUCAUCCAUGGAGGAUUUGCUGGAGGUGGAGAAUCUAGCAAUGCUAGGAAGGCGCAUCUAAGAAAACUGAGGACAGAGGAACAUUUGGAGGUUAACACAAUUAGCCGACCAAGUAAAUUUCAGAGAAAAGAGGAAAUACCUAUAAUAUUCUCAAAAGAAGAUGUCAAAGGAAUUCAAAUUCCCCAUGACGACCCUUUGGUUAUAACCUUUGUUGUGGUAAACUACCUCACACGAAGAGUGUUGAUCGACAGCGGAAGCUCAGCCGAUAUACUCUACCUCAAUGCAUAUGACCAAUUAAAGGUUGGAUGA